AUGCCGCAACUAGUGGUGGCUGACCCCUGUAGAGGGGCAAGUCUCUUUCAUAGAGCAACACAGCCUGGCAACCUAGUGGUGGCUGACCCCUGUAGAGGGGCUAGUCUCUUUCAUAGAGUAACACAGCCUGGCAACCUAGUGGUGGCUGACCCCUGUAGAGGGGCUAGUCUCUUUCAUAGAGUAACACAGCCUGGCAACCUAGUGGUGGCUGACCCCUGUAGAGGGGCAAGUCUCUUUCAUAGAGUAACACAGCCUGGCAACCUAGUGGUGGCUGACCCCUGUAGAGGGGCAAGUCUCUUUCAUAGAGUAACACAGCCUGGCAACCUAGUGGUGGCUGACCCCUGUAGAGGGGCAAGUCUCUUUCAUAGAGCAACACAGCCUGGCAACCUAGUGGUGGCUGACCCCUGUAGAGGGGCAAGUCUAUUUCAUAGAGUAACACAGCCUGGCAACCUAGUGGUGGCUGACCCCUGUAGAGGGGCAAGUCUCUUUCAUAGAGUAACACAGCCUGGCAACCUAGUGGUGGCUGACCCCUGUAGAGGGGCAAGUCUCUUUCAUAGAGUAACACAGCCUGGCAACCUAGUGGUGGCUGACCCCUGUAGAGGGGCAAGUCUCUUUCAUAGAGUAACACAGCCUGGCAACCUAGUGGUGGCUGACCCCUGUAGAGGGGCAAGUCUCUUUCAUAGAGUAACACAGCCUGGCAACCUAGUGGUGGCUGACCCCUGUAGAGGGGCAAGUCUCUUUCAUAGAGUAACACAGCCUGGCAACCUAGUGGUGGCUGACCCCUGUAGAGGGGCAAGUCUCUUUCAUAGAGUAACACAGCCUGGCAACCUAGUGGUGGCUGACCCCUGUAGAGGGGCAAGUCUCUUUCAUAGAGUAACACAGCCUGGCAACCUAGUGGUGGCUGACCCCUGUAGAGGGGCAAGUCUCUUUCAUAGAGCAACACAGCCUGGCAACCUAGUGGUGGCUGACCCCUGUAGAGGGGCAAGUCUCUUUCAUAGAGUAACACAGCCUGGCAACCUAGUGGUGGCUGACCCCUGUAGAGGGGCAAGUCUCUUUCAUAGAGCAACACAGCCUGGCAACCUAGUGGUGGCUGACCCCUGUAGAGGGGCAAGUCUCUUUCAUAGAGUAACACAGCCUGGCAACCUAGUGGUGGCUGACCCCUGUAGAGGGGCAAGUCUCUUUCAUAGAGUAACACAGCCUGGCAACCUAGUGGUGGCUGACCCCUGUAGAGGGGCAAGUCUCUUUCAUAGAGCACCACAGCCUGGCAACUAGUGGUGGCUGACCCCUGUAGAGGGGCAAGUCUCUUUCAUAGAGUAACACAGCCUGGCAACCUAGUGGUGGCUGACCCCUGUAGAGGGGCAAGUCUCUUUCAUGGCAUGGAGUAACACAGCCUGGCAACCUAGUGGUGGCUGACCCCUGUAGAGGGGCAAGUCUCUUUCAUAGAGUAACACAGCCUGGCAACCUAGUGGUGGCUGACCCCUGUAGAGGGGCAAGUCUCUUUCAUAGAGUAACACAGCCUGGCAACCUAGUGGUGGCCGACCCCUGUAGAGGGGCAAGUCUCUUUCAUAGAGCAACAAAGCCUGGAAGACGACGAGCCGUGGCUGACCCCUGUAGAGGGGCAAGGUCUUUCAUAGAGCAACAAAGCCUGGAAGACGACGAGCCGUGGCUGACCCCUGUAGAGGGGCAAGUCUCUUUCAUAGAGCAACAAAGCCUGGAAGACGACGAGCCGUGGCUGACCCCUGUAGAGGGGCAAGUCUCUUUCAUAGAGCAACAAAGCCUGGAAGACGACGAGCCGUGGCUGACCCCUGUAGAGGGGCAAGUCUCUUUCAUAGAGCAACAAAGCCUGGAAGACGACGAGCCGUGGCUGACCCCUGUAGAGGGGCAAGUCUCUUUCAUAGAGCAACAAAGCCUGGAAGACGACGAGCCGUGGCUGACCCCUGUAGAGGUGCAAGUCUCUUUCAUAGAGCAACAAAGCCUGGAAGACGACGAGCCGUGGCUGACCCCUGUAGAGGGGCAAGUCUCUUUCAUAGAGCAACAAAGCCUGGAAGACGACGAGCCGUGGCUGACCCCUGUAGAGGGGCAAGUCUCUUUCAUGGCAUGGAGUAACACAGCCUGGCAACCUAGUGGUGGCUGACCCCUGUAGAGGGGCAAGUCUCUUUCAUAGAGCAACAAAGCCUGGAAGACGACGAGCCGUGGCUGACCCCUGUAGAGGGGCAAGGUUCUUUCAUAGAGCAACAAAGCCUGGAAGACGACGAGCCGUGGCUGACCCCUGUAGAGGGGCAAGGUCUUUCAUAGAGCAACAAAGCCUGGAAGACGACGAGCCGUGGCUGACCCCUGUAGAGGGGCAAGUCUCUUUCAUAGAGCAACAAAGCCUGGAAGACGACGAGCCGUGGCUGACCCCUGUAGCACACUGGGUCUCAAACCUGUCCUUGGGACCUCAAGCCAUUCCAUGUAUUUGAUCUAUUCCAGAACUAGCACACCUGAUUCAACUUUUCAACUAAUCAUCAAGCCUUUGUGUAGGUGAAUCAGGUGAGCUAGUUUAGAACUAGAUCUAAAUUGUGAAAAGUCUGGGGAGAGGUUUGAGAACCACUGCUGUAGAGGUGCAAGGCUCUUUUAUGGAAACCUAGUGCCAGUCUGUCACACUAGUCCGCUAGUACUGGAAUGCAGUGUUCCAUUGUUGGAGUGCAACCUGCCUCAAAGCAUAAUAAAGCCUCUGCCAAGAGGCUCAGACCUUUAUUGCACAGGAGGUUUCCUUGUAGCAAAGUCACUGGUUCCAGCUCCCUUAUUCACCACACAAUCAAAAUAAAUACAGUUGAAAGAUAGAACUGCUUGUCUUGAUCCAUUAUGUUGUUUGCAUGUCACUUUUGUUUGUAUUGGUGUGUAAUGGUACCUUUGUCAAGAGCUCUGUUACUACGUGUCAGUAAUUUAUGUACACUGACUGAAUGAGAGGUGUGUACACAAUCAAAAUGCCAUAGUCAGCUGUGGUUGUGUAGACUGAAUGAUACAGAUGACACAAGCUGCAUUUUUGCCCAUAGCUCACAGUUCCUGGUGUCUC